AUAUAUGUUAGUAUAGUAUUUUUAAUUUGAAUUGAUCAAUGGCGCAAAAGACCACUGAAGUUAUAAGCGCCGUAAAACAUAUAACAACAACAACUAAUCUACACUGGAAGCAAUAGUGAACCUAUUCCAUCGCAAACAAUAGAAAUGAGAACUAUUUUAACGACAGAAUAGAACGUUGAAAUCGAGACAAUAUCAAUGGAUGAAGUCCUUGAUACCGAUUAUAUACCAGAGUUAGCAGAUCCAUACUGCAACAAAGACAAUCCAGUGAUAGUAACGCCUGGAAGAAUACUUGAUGCCCGAGAUGAAAUUAAAGAUGGAGUGGUACGAACUCCAUGUACGAGAACCAGACUAUCGGAUCGUAUAGGAUGCAACGUUUACUUCAAGAAAGAGUUCAUGCAAUUCACUGGAAGUUUCAAAGAUAGAGGCGCAUUGAAUUCCUUGAUGAAUUUAACGGAAGAGCAAAGAAAGCUUGGCGUAAUCACAACCUCCGCCGGUAACCACGCUCAAUCUGUGGCAUAUCAAGGUGGAAAACUUGGUAUACCGGUUACAGUGGUCAUGCCAAAGACGACACCAUUAGUGAAAAUUAAUAGCUGCAAAGACCUGGAAGCAAAUGUUAUUCUUCACGGAGACAGAUUUGACGAAGCAAAAUUUCGCGCUCUCACACUUCGAAAUGAAAGAAAUCUUGUUUAUAUUGAUGGAUUCGAUCAUCCUGAUGUGUUGGCUGGUCAAGGAACAGCAGGCAUUGAGAUUAUGGAAGACGUACCCGAUGCAGACUAUAUUGUUGUUCAGAUAGGUGGUGGUGGAUUGAUAUCCGGAGUCUCGGUUGCGGCAAAAUAUAUAAACCCAAAUGUCAAGAUCAUUGGCGUCGAAUCAGAACGAUGUCCAGGGUGGCACACGGCCAAUGAGCACGGACGACCAGUCAAAUGUUGCAGAACUAUGAAUGGAGCUACGCAAUCGAUUGCAGACGGAUUAAACGUUUUGAGAGUUGGAUAUAACUCAUUUGCAACGGCACAAAUUGAUAAGCUUAUAUCAGUUCCAGAGAAGUAUAUUACUACAGCCAUACUACAUUUAUUAGAAGGAGAAAAAUCGGUGGUGGAAGGAGCAGGUGCAAUCGGAUAUGCAGCAUUGCUUUCGGAUAAACUACCUGAAGUGAAGGGCAAAAAAGUUGUAUGCAUCUUAAGUGGAGGCAAUAUAGAUGCAAACAUCUUGACACAUGUCAUAGAUCGAGCAUUAGUACAAGAGGGAAGGCUAUCACGAUUUUUAGUGGCUGUGACUGACCGACCUGGCGGUUUGGCAAGACUUACAGAUAUGUUGUCUGAUUUAGGAGCAAGCAUCAAAGACAUUGGUCACGACAGAAUGUCUUUGCCUUCUCACGUCUACAUGGCGGCAAUUACCUGCACCAUCGAAACCAGGAACAAAGGUCAUGCAAAACUAGUCCGUGAACAACUAGAACAAUUUUACAAAAAUGACCUCAAGUGGCAACAAUUUCACGAUGACAACGCACUUCAUUAAGAAACCAAAAGUGUCGAAAAGCAGUGAUGUUAUCAGACGCAUAUAUUUAACCAACUCUGCCUCCUAAUCAAAUCUACGAGUGUCCAUAUUUUGCACAUUUCUGUGUAAUUUUAUAGACUUGAUCGCGAUCUUUUAGGUUAUUUUUCCAUUGCUUAUCUUUUCAUGCUUUAUUUCUAUUUACUUUAUUACAACUGGAAUCAUAAAACAGUUUAAUCAGCGACAGACCCAAUAUACCAAUAGUUUAUUUUUGAACUCGAAAUCACACCAUACAUAGAAAAUUGGCACAAACAGCACAAAACAAUUUGACUUUUUGGAGUACUGCUGAAAACUAGACUAGACUUUAAAAACGAAAAAUUACGAGCAGUCACACCUUAAUAAAAAGAAAUAAAAGCAGGUUUUUAUAAAAUCUGGCAGUCAUGUUAAUUGUUUUCAAAUUCUUUUGAACCUAGCGUUUUCAACUGAAAAGUUCUCCCGUUUCAUUCAGACAUUUUUGCAUUAGGUAGGGUUUUCAUACUUAUUCAGGAGCUGAGGAAAGCCGAUAAGACAACUCAACCAAAAAUCAUAUGACGAACCACGCCCACUUGCUCGUUCACGGUCUAUGUUAGGUACAAAAAUAGUUUACUAUUAACUUUUUAAGAUGCGUUGAUAGUGGAUGAGGACCACCCUACGAUGGUGAGGAUUCCGCCAAUCCUCUCGCCAACCGUUGAGGCUAUCAAACAAACCAUUCGUAGGCCAUUGAAUAUCUACCAUACCAUUGUGUUGAAGACAUCCGGGGAAUUCUCCUCACGAGUGAAUCCCAAUCGUGAGCGUAUUUCGAAAACGAGAGGAAGGUCAUUUUAGGCAGAGCACUAUAUUAAUUAUAUUUAAUCAUAUUACCCCUCAACAGCCACAAAGUAUAUCUGAACAUAAAAUUUUAAUCCUGAUUCCUGAGCGCUGCAACUCACGUAAGCAGCAAAGCAUUUGAUGUAUCGUUUGUGUUGACUGGAAGUAAUGAUAGUGCCGCUGCUUGAAGGCAAUACGAGGGUCCUCGCGAAAUCUGUCCCACAAUUAAAAUUAGUUACCGUGAUUUUUUAUAUUCAAUGUUUCUCAUAAUGUUCUUAUAUUGUGUUGAUAAAUAAAUGAUUAUCAAUUGAUUGUGAAAA